GCCAUGGCGGAAGCAGUACUUUCUGCUCUAAUGGAAGUCCUCUUCCAAAAGACAGCUUCCCAAAUUUUCCAAAAAAAUGGACUACUAGGAAGUACAAAAAAAGAGAUGUUGAAUCUACAGAGCACAUUAUCAACAAUUCAAGCUGUUUUACAAGAUGCUGAGGACAGGCAAAUGAAAGAAAAAGCUUUGAAGAACUGGCUGGUGAAGCUCAAAGACAUAGUCUAUGAAGCAGAUGAUUUGUUGGAUGAAUACAUGACUGAACUGCUUCGCCAUAAGGUAGUUCUUGAUGACAGGGAAACCCGUUAUUGUGUUUUCCAUGCUGUUAAUUCUCUUUAUUUGAGUGGUACAUUAAUUUUUUUGGGUUAUAGUAUGAAGUUGAAACUGAAACAAGUUGUGGAAAAGUUAGACCUUGUUGCGAAUGAGAGAGCCAAAUUUCAUUUUAGGGAUGUUGUUUAUGAAAAAAGGUUUUCUUGCGAAAGACCACAAUCGGAUUCUUAUGUAAUUGAAUCGAAGAUUUUAGGGAGAAAUAAGGAUAAAAAGAAUAUAAUCAAGUUACUUAUAGGAUCAGAUGUGUCAGUUGUGAGUAUUAUUGGAAUUGGAGGAAUUGGGAAGACAACAGUUGCGAAAUUGGUUUACAAUGAUGCUGUUGUGGAGAAUAGUUUUGAUACAAGAAUAUGGGUUUGUGUCUCAGAAGGAUUUAAUGUGAAAAGACUUCUUAAAGCAAUAAUAGAAUCUGGCACUGGUAGUAGUUGUAACCUUGUAGAGAUGGAUGUGAUCCAGCGGCGUGUCCAGGAGUUGAUAUUGGGCAAGAAAUUUCUGCUUGUCCUAGAUGAUGUAUGGGAUGAUGAUCAUGAGAAAUACGAGAGAUUAAAAAACUUAGUUCACAAUGGUUUGGAUGGAAGUAAGCUCCUAGUGACUACUCGCAAUGAGAAGGUUGCAUUACUGAUGGGCACAACAAAUCCAUACCGUUUGGAAGGCCUUUCAGAUGGUGACUGCUGGUCCUUGUUUCAGGAGCUUGCAUAUAAGAAUAGGCAAAAAGAACUAUUAGCUCUUGAGGAGGUUGGGAAAGAAAUUGCAAAGAAAUGUAGGGGAGUUCCUUUAGCGGCAAAGGCCCUUGGAAGUUUGAUGUGCUUAAAGAAUCAGAAAUCUGAGUGGUCCUUCAUCCGUGAUUGUGCAAUGUGGGAUCUUAUGGGACAUGAAGAUGGAGCUGGUAUUCUUUCGGCCCUAAAAUUAAGUUAUGAAUACUUGCCAACACAUUUGAAACAAUGUUUUGCAUAUUGUUCUAUAUUUCCCAAGGGAUAUCGGAUAAAUAAAAACACCUUGAUACGCCUAUGGAUGGCGGAAGGAUUUGUUCCGUCCUCUGAAAGCAUACCACCAGAAGAAGUUGGGAAUGGUUAUUUCAAUGAGUUGUUGUGGCGCUCCUUCUUCCAAAAUGUGAGAAGAGAUUUUGAUGGGAAUAUAGUCGAGUGUGACAUGCAUGAUCUUGUUCAUGAUCUUGCCAAAUCUGUAGGCGGUGUUGAUUGUUUAACAACAGAAUUUGGCAAGGAGGUUAUCAUUCCUGUGGCGACACGCCACUUAUCGAUGUUUGGCAAUGAGGUGGUACCUAAAAAUCCCGGCAUGUUGAAGAGUGCUCAAAAUCUGCGAUCAUUUCUUCUAUUGGAUGGGCAGAGAAAUAUCACAAAACUUUCCAAAAGUUUCUUUUUGAGCUUUAGAUCUAUUCGGGCUUUAGAUUGCAGCGGUACUAGCAUAAAGAAGUUGUCUAAUUCAAUUGGUACUUUAUUACAUCUGCGGUACCUCAAUCUUUCACAUACUCUGCUGAGAACAUUGCCUAAGUCUAUCUGUUGCCUCCUUAAUCUUGAAGCUUUAAUACUUAAGCAUUGCAACCAUCUGAUAGAACUUCCGGCAGAAAUUAGAAAGUUGGUGAACCUUAGACAUCUGGAUAUAUACGGAUGCACAUCCUUAACCAUGUUACCUGGUGGCAUUGGACAGAUGAGAUCCCUUCAAACUUUGCCAGUUUACAUUGUUAGCGAUGCUGCUGCUAGUGACAUCUCAGAAUUGCAGAGACUUGAUCUUCAUGGUGAAUUAAUGAUCAAGAACCUUGAGAAUUUGUCCAAUGAAAUAUGUGCCAAAAAUGCAAACUUGAAAGGGAAGAGGCACAUCCGAUUUCUAAAAUUAAUAUGGGCGCAAGUUGAAGAAAUGGAGACAAGAGAAAAUGUUGAGCGAGUUGUUGAAGGGCUUCAACCAAAUUCUGAUUUGAGGAAGUUACACUUAGAGGGUUACAUUGGUGCAAAUUUCCCCAGUUGGUUGAUGACUACAUACUUGGUAAACAUUGUGGAACUCUCACUUCUCAAAUGUCACAGGUGCGUGGAACUGCCUCAACUAGAGAAACUGCCUUUUCUUGAGGUUCUCACUGUUGAUGGAAUGGAUUCUGCAAUGUAUUUCUGCGGUAGUUCUGGUGGAAAGGAUUCGGCUACUCAUUUUGCAUCACUGAAGCAACUCACCCUCAGGAAUAUGCCCUGUCUACUGGGAUGGUCAGUUAAUGAAGAUCAUGGUAUUCUUCCUCGUCUGAAGAAAUUUACGUGUGAGGCAUGUCCCUCUUUGAAUAACUUGCCAUAUCUACCCUCUCUCAACUCAUUAGAAUUGUCUGAUUGUAGCAGUGAAUUACUAGCUGAGACAGCAGCCAAUGUUACCUCCCUUACUCAUCUUAUGAUCAGUGGAUUUUUGGAACUUAUACACUUACCUGAAGGGUUGCUGAAAAACAAUAUAAGUCUGCUGUCUGUAGAAAUUAGAGAUUGUCCAGAGAUUCGAAGUCUUUCGAGUGACCUGAAAGUUCUUCCUUGUAUUGAGUCAUUAAGCAUCAGUAACUGUAAGAAUCUCAGUUCUGUGUUCGAUUCCUGUGGACUUGGGACUUUGAAGUCCUUGUCCAUUCAUGAUUGCCAUAACAUUAGCCUGGAAAAAGGAUUACAAAAUUUACAGUUUCUUCAAUAUGCAUCACUCUCUGACUGUGGAAACUUGACAACCUUGCCGAUGCCUAUGCAACACCUUACGUCUCUCCAAACUCUGCAUAUAUGGAGCUGUUCUGAGAUGUAUAUGCUUCCAGAAUGGCUAGGAGACCUCAGUUCCCUUAGAGAAUUGGAGCUGUGGUACUGCGGAAAAUUAAGUUCUCUACCAGAAUCAGUGAAAAACCUAACCAAGCUUCAGUUUCUGUCUAUAUGGGGCUGUCCAAAUUUGGGGUUAAGAUGCAGAAAGGAUGUUGGAGAAGAUUGGCACAAGAUAAAACACGUUCCAUUCAUCAAGAUUAAUGGUCCAUAUAUCCAAGCUAUGACAGGUUAUCCUUGACUAAGGUGGGGAAGCCAACAAAAGUAGCUGAUGGACUAGCUAAAAAUGGAAACAAAGCUGAAUACCUAAGUUUCUUCCUUUUAAAUGUUAUCUGUUUUUGCCUCCUUCUGUAUCUGUAUGUUAUGAAGGGCCAGUUAGUGUACUAAACCAUUAAGUGGUCGUUUGGUAGCUGGUUUGGAGGUGAGUUAUGUUGAUAUUAAAUCCUCCCCAUGUAAUUUCACGUUUGAUAACUAGUUAAGAUGUAAGUUAUUCAUGUAUAAAUUUGAUAUGAUAUUUGCUUUGCAAUUUAGAAACACAUGUAUAAGUUGUUACGAGAUAAUCUAUAUUUUAUUUUGGUGAA